GCUGCCGGGCCGAUCAGUGAAGAAAUCACCGGGGAUAUGGCCGUGCUGAAGUUGCCGGUCUAUACACUCUGAAAAUGCAGAGGGACCUGGGUAGUUUUCCGCUUCCUCCCGCUCUCAGGGCCAAGCUCAUUGCCUGCGGCUUCCAGAGCCCUGAGGACGUGGCCGCAGUGAGAGCGACCGAGCUCAGUAAAGAGGUGGGCAUCUCCAAAGAGGAGGCGUUGGAGGUCUUACAGAUCGUGAGGCGCAAGAGCUGCGGAGAGGAAUCCCAGCAGAAUGCUGGGUUGCCGACUUUUCGGAAAUGCACGGCUCUGGAACUGCUGAGGGAGGAGCACGCUCAGGGCUCCAUAGUCACUUUCAGCUCAGCCCUGGAUGAAAUUCUUGGCGGAGGGGUGCCUGUAGCCAAGGUUACGGAGAUCUGCGGGGCUCCUGGUAUCGGUAAAACCCAGCUAAGUAUCCAACUAGUUGUGGAUGCACAGAUCCCUGAAUGCUUUGGCGGCCAAGGUGGGGAGAGUGUGUUCAUCGACACUGAAGGCAGCUUCAUUGUGGAGCGGGUAGCUGCGGUUGCCCAAGCUGCUGUCCACCACUGUCAUCUCAUCGCCGAGUCUGGUCAGGACGAAGCCCAGCGAGAGGCAGUCGAAGAGUUCUCUGUCUCAAGCAUCCUCUCCCGCAUUUACUACUUCCGUUGCCAUGACUACGUAGAGCUACUGGCUCAGGCUCACCUGCUGGAUGACUUCCUAGCUGAACAUCACAAGGUCCGGAUUGUGGUAAUUGACAGCAUUGCGUUCCCGUUCCGCCACCACCUGGAGGACCUGUCGCUACGGACACGGUUACUGAAUGGACUUGCUCAGCAGCUGAUCACCAUGGCCAACAAGCACAGUGUGGCAGUGGUGCUGACCAACCAGAUGACCACACGAUUUGGAGAAGCCCAGUCCUCGUUGGUGCCUGCCCUCGGUGAAAGCUGGGGUCACGCGGCCACCAUUCGCUUAAUUCUACGCUGGGAAGGCAAGCUGAGGUUUGCUUCCCUCUAUAAAUCGCCGACGCAAAAAGAAGCGACUGUUCCAUUCCAGAUAACCUCACUUGGGUUUCGUGACGUCCAAUCAUUGGAGGCACCUUCAACUUCACCCGCCAACCCACGCAAGCGUCCGCGGACGGAUGACCAGGAUGGGCGUUGAUGAUGUCCACUAGGUACUGCUCCACACGGUGUAGUGGGGACCAAGUGUGGCCGAUGAUGGAUGGUCUUGGAUCCAUUAUCAAGCCGUGACUGCAUCGGGAUUGCAUUGGGGCCUGAAGUGGCAGUCGGCCCCAUGAAUCCAGCUGGACUGGAGAACUGGAAAAAUUCCCUUUCUAUUAGGAACCUGCUCUGGGUUCUUUUUCCCCCACCCCAUCACUGGGUUUUCCUAUCUUGCCCACUGAACUGGAGGAUUGUUGGGUAGAGGCUUGUGAUGGAGGAUUGAUCUUCCUGGUUUUGUGGGCUUGAGACACUCUGGACCUCACUAUCUACCUUCAGAAGCCCAAACCUCUGCGCAUCGCAAGUUCUUGAGUCAAAAGUUUAUUAAAACCUUGCAUCUGCUCAUUGAUCUCCCUUUGUAUUUAAGGUGAUAAUGAUUUUCUCUCUCUCGUUCUGACAUGUUGCAAGUAAAAGUAUUUUGAGGUCAUGGUGGUGUUGGUUUAUCCCUCACUGAUUGCUGCUUUGCUACAUCUGAUAGCAUACUAUUUGAAAUACUACACCAGUGAUCCUGGACCCGCGUAAACAUUUCAAAUCCUUUUAAUCAGAUAAAUGUGAAAGAAACAGCCAUUAUCGGUAUCUGACCAUGAAAAUUACAUAACCUGCAGGUUCCUCAAUGCUAUUUAGGCCAGGAGUUUGUUCUCAGUUGGACUGGGAGCAGAAUUAGGCCAUUUGGUCCAUCGAGUGCUCAGCCAUUUGAUUAUGCCUGAAUAUUUUCCCUCUCAACUUCAUUUUCUUGCUACCUUAAUCUUUGAUGUUCUUACUAAUCAAAAUAUUAAUCUCCACUUUAAAUAUACCCAAUGAUUUGGCCUCCACGGCCAUCUGUGGCAAUGAAUUCCACAGAAUCACCACCCUCUGGCUAAAUAAAUCCUUCUCUACAGGGACAAUCUUCUAUUCUGAGGAUAUACCCUCUGGUUCUAGACUCUGCUACUAUUAGAAACAUCCUUUCCACGUUCACUCUAUUUAGGCUUUUCAAUAUUUGGUCAGUUUCACAAGAUAUCCCCGUCACCCUUUUAAAUGCCUGUAAGUACAGCCCCAGAGCCAUCAAACAGUUCUCAUACAUCAACCCUUUCAUUUGUGGGAUCAUUUUUGUAAAUCUCCUCUCAGCCCUCUCCGAUGCAUCUGUCUAGAGUCAGACCAUUCAAAAUGAAUUCUAACAUUGUAUUUGACUUCUUACUACUAAUCCUUUAGGGAGUCCUGUACUAAGACACCCUGGGCCUUUUGCGCCUGAUUUCUGAAUUUGCACCCCGUUUAGAAAAUAAUUACGCCUUUUUUUCCUUCUGCUGAAUUCCAAAGUGCAAGUCCAUGCGUUUCCCUGCACUCUAUUCCAUCUGCAUUUUCAUUGCCCAUUCUUCCAAUCUGUCCAAGUCCUUCUGCAGACUCCCUGCUUUCUCAACACUAUGGCAGGAGUGGUCACUUAUAUAUAUGACACCGACAGGUAUAUAACAUACUGACAGAACUGCUCUAUGACAGAUGCUAUGAUAUCUUCCAUGUGCCGGGCCCUAACACACCUAGAAAAUGAGGACUCUUAUGUCAGAAUGCUGGUUCUGUGUUUCAGUUCGGCAUUGAACACUAUUGUCCCACAGAACUUGGUGAACAAACUUCUAUUCCUUGGUGCAGGAGCCUGAAAACACACUCAGUGUUUUAGAAACAGCUUUUUCCCCCUCUGCUAUUGGAUUUCUGAACGGGCAAUGAACCUGUUAACAUUAGCUCAUUAAUUUUCUCUUUUUUGCACUUUUUAAUAUACUGUAUAUUCUUACUGUAAUUUCUGGUAAUGUUUAUGUAUUACACUACACUGCUGCCACAGAACAACAAAUUUCAUGACCUGUGCCAGUGAUAAUAAGCCUGAUACUGAUUUUGGUUCUUGCCUUUCACCUUAGUUUGCUUUAAACUAGCCCUCUUGUGUAAGACUUCUUGUAAAAGGUUUCUGAGGCACUACAUAAAUGCAAUUCCUUCCCACUGCAGCCAGUGACAGUUCUUGUGUAUAAUCAGUUCUUUCUACCAUCAGGGAGGAGGUGUAGGAUACUGAAAACACAGCACUUAAUGUUUUAGGAACAACUUCUUCCCCUCUGCCAUUAGAUUUCUUAACAGUCCCUGAACCCAUUAACAUUAGCUCAUUAUUCUUCUAAAAUAAUGAAUGUGUGUGUGUGUGUGUGUAUAAAAGCAUUGUAAAAGUCUAUUUCAUCUUCUCUAUUCCCUGUCUGGCCACAACAUUGUUUAUAUGUCUAGACUUGCUUUUGCUCUUUUCAGACAUUCUAUCUGACCACUUUAAGGUGUUCACAACAUCUUAUCCCCCAGCAAGCAGUCAAAAUAAAGUGCUGAGAAUAUGUUCUUGCUUUUGACAGUACCUUUUACUACUCCAGGGUAGUCUGAAGUGUUUUGCAACCAUUGAUGUGCCACUGCAGUGUUGUAGGAAAUAUUCAUGUACACAAGCUCCCACAAACAGUACACACAAAAUGCUGGAGGAACUCAACAGGCCAGGCAGCAUCUAUGGAAAAGAAUAUGGUCGACGUUUUGGGUUGAAACCCUUUGGCAGAACUGGAUAAAAAAGCUGAGGAGUAGAUUUAAAAGGUGGGGAGAGGGGAGAGAGAAACACAAGGUGAUAGGUGAAACCUGGAGGGGGAGGAUGAAGUAAAGAGCUGGGAAGAUUUUUGUUGAAAGGGACAGAAAGCCAUGGAAGAAAGAAAAGAAGGGAGGAGCACCAGAAAGGGGCGAUGAGCGGGCAAGGAGAUAAGGUGAGAGGGAAAAGGGGAUCGGAAAUGGUGAAGGUGGGGGCAUUACUGCAAGUUUGAGAAAUCGAUGUUCAUGCCAUUGGGUUGGAGGCUGCCCAAACUGAAUAUAAGGUGUUGUUCUUCCAACUUAAGUGUGGCCUCAUCAUGACAGUGAAGGAGGCCAUGGAUGGACAUAUCGGAAUGGGAAGUGCAAUUUAAAUGGGUGACCACUGGGAGAUCCUGCUUUUUCUGAUGGACGGAGUGUAGGUGCUCGGCGAAGCUGUCUCCCAACGUACAUCGGGUCUCACUGAUAUACAGGAGGCCACACCGGGAGCACCAAACACAGUAUAUGACCCCAACAGACUCACAUGUGAAGUGUCACCUCAUCUGGAAGGACUGUUUAGGGCUCUGAAUGGUAGUGAGGGAGGAGGUGUAGCACUUGUUCUGCCUGCAAGGAUAAGUGCCUGGAGGGAGAGAUCAGUGGGGAGGGGCGAAUGGA